AUGAGUUUUGCAUCAUGGAAUGUUCGGGGGUUGGCGGGGAUUGGAAAGUUGAGUAUGGUCAAAAGUUUUCGAAAGAAAUUUAAUGUGCAAAUACUAGGCUUGGUAGAGACAAAAAAAGAGGUGGUGACUAAAUUCGAUGUAGUACAACUGUGGGGUAAUGAUGUAGUGGGAUGGGAGUUUGUGAAAGCGGAAGGAGCGUCGGGAGGCCUGUUGUUGAUGUGGGAUGCAACGGUGUUUAAAUUAAGCAACUGUUAUAAAGGGGUUAGAUGGUUAUGUGCGGAUGGAGUGCUGUUAAAAAAUAAUUUUCGGUGUGCGUUCUGUGUAGUGUAUGGGGAGCAUGUUAGGGAGGACAAGCUUGUUGUAUGGGAAGAGUUGAGCUUUCUGGCUGGUUUAUGUCAAGUUCCUUUCUGUUUUAUGGGGGAUUUCAAUGAGAUUAUUCAGGUGGAAGAGAGGCAAGGGGCUGUUUCGCUGCCGAGGUCUGCAACAGAAUUUAAAUCUUGGAUUCACGAUAUGGAGCUAGUGGAUAUAGGUUUAAUUGAUCGUAGGUUCACUUGGUUCAGAGGUCAGUCAUGUAAUCGUAUUGAUAGAGUGUUGGUUAGUUUGGAGUGGUUAGAAGAGUUUCCUGAAACAAGAUUAAUAGGAGGUCCAAGAGGGUUGUCAGACCAUUGUCCGCUUAUUCUGAAUGUCACAAGAUGGCAUAGGGAGCAUUUUGGAGAUGUGGAGAUGAGGAUUAAUAAGCUUGAAGAGGAGAUCAGGAAAGUGGAUGACUUGGUGAGCAAUGGAGUGUGUGAUGGAACUACGGAAGCGAGAAGAAAGGCACUAGUCAGCUCCUGUAAGAAAUGGUAUAUCAGGAAGGAAGUACAUUGGAAACAGAUGUCACGAUCCAAGCAUGCUAAGGAGAUGGAUAAAAACACUAGAUACUUCCACAAUCUAGCCUCGGCUCAUAGGAGGAACAAUCGGAUCGAUGCCUUAAGGAUCCAUGGAAGAUUAGUGCGGCAACAGUCUCGGAUUAAGGCUGCAAUAGUAGAUUUCUAUAAGGAGUUGUACCAUCAGGAGCCAUCACCAAAUAUAGGAUUUCGAGAAGGUCUGGUACGGCAAAUAACUGAGGAGGAGGCAACAGAGAUGGAGUUGAUGCCAAGUGCUGAUGAAAUAAAGGCUGCAGUAUGGGAUUGUGAGUCAGCAAAAGCACCAGGGAGUGAUGGAUAUAACAUGAAUUUUAUAAAGAAAUGCUGGGAAGAAGUUGGGCGGGAGUUCACGGAAGCAGUGAUGGGGUUCUUCCAAUCAGCUGUGUUACCUACAGGGUCGAAUGUCACGUGGGUGGCGCUGGCACCGAAAUUUGUUGGAGCUACAGAGAUAAAAGACCUUUGA